AGUUAUUGCAACCCCACCUUACCCGACUUUAUCAAGCUUCAGCUUCAUGUUUUCCUGUGUUCAUUAUAAUCCACUCCUUUAGUCUUUGGCAUAUAAACGUCUACUGUCGUCUAUCCGCUUUUUCUACUCGCAGAACUCGAGUUCACAUGCGGCUCCAUGGCAUUUGCAUAACGUGUCCAGAGUGGAAGGUGUGGAUUUCCAUGGGCAUCCCGACUGUAACAGUAGCAUGCUGAGUGUCCAGCCUGUCUCGUCAGCUUCCACUCCUUCUGCUUCGUCUCAUUCGAGAACUAAACCUUGCCACCGGUUCAGCGUUGCUGCCCUGACCGACGAAACUGAUAUCAAGAGUCAAGAAAGUGUUGUUGAUGAGUUCAGUUCCGAGGAGAACUCCGUGAAAUAUCCGCCUCACUUCGGUGAUAAACGUCUCAACUCCAAACGCCCCAAACAACGGCACUCAGGAUCUCGCCGCAACCCUUCUGACGCGGGCGAUGUACACAAUUCCUCACCCCAAAUCCGUGGCUGUGACCCAUCAUCCUUACAUGGCGCCGGUGACCCAAUAAUUUCCACAGCUUUUUUCCGGUCUUCCAUGCAUUUACGACCGUCCACUGUGUCUGACUCAAUGGCUCCGGGAAUGCAUGGUUCUUUAUCCUCUGCUGUGUCAAUACACAAAAGUAACGGAUAUUGUCAGUCUUCAUGUGGUUCAUCAGGAACAGAUCAACCGUUUCCUUUCACGACAUCAACGAUAACCCAUAGCGUAGAAACGAAUCACCAGUGGCAUGGUUCGCGGGAUUUGGAACAAUUGGUAGGAAUGGGUGCAGGUACCGCUGAGCGUUUGUUCAACAAUGUGCGAUUCGAUGAAGUGUACUCCCUCACAAUGGCUGCUUUGGCCGGCGCGGAAGCGAAAACACGCAAACGUUCGGCGCUGUUGAGUAGUUCCUCUGAUAAAAUCAACAGUGCGGAAGAACUGAAACACAAAUCACCGUCACGUACCUCAGCCCCCGGGACAUCGGUCUCCACCGUUCUUGCCACGGACUCUACCCGCAUUUCCUGUCCCACCGUAGGUAGUCCUUCUCCCAUGCGACUUCCCCCACCAGUACCAAGCAUUUCCACCACAGUCACUACCUGCACUUCCGCCGUCAGUGCUCUUGCAAACAGUAGUGCUGUUACUGUCCAGCGAGAUCCAGCAAUGACAGAUUCACAGGAUCCAUCCACACACAGCCUUCUUCAUGCCGCGUAUAAUAUCCGUAAAUUCGCCAAUCGCCUGCCAGGUUCUUUGCCAGUGCCCUGUAAGCAAAGCAAUCAACUGGGCUAUCAAUCUCCGUUUCCCACUCUUCCUAACCCUCAACCCAAUUUUCCAAUAAAUUUACCGCUCCCACCCUCGCUCACUGUUGGUGGGUCCUUUCCAGAAACACCAGGACACGAUACCUCACAAUUUUCGGGAAGUAUUCGGGAUGGUUCUCGUCAACCACCAUCAGCGCCUUCGGUCCACGUAGCUAAUCAGCGGACAAGUCAAUCCCCUCACUUUGGACUGAGCAGUCACGUCGCUGUGGCCACUUCUGGCAAUCCUACAUUUCAUCCACCUUGCCCGCCUCCACCUCUACCGGCUUCAACAUAUCUUCCAUUCCAGGAAUUAUUCGGGAGCUCUUUUCACAAGCAGUGGGCUUCGCUUUUCAAAAGACAGAUAAGUGGACCUCGUGCCAGCGACCCAACAGAACUCAAUGGUGCUGCCGAGGGGCUGUUUCCUAAACCCGGUCAGCCGCCAGCUCCCUGUAUUGCCAGUGAUGUUUCGCGCCUUUUCUUACCACCACCGGUUCCUUCACCCCGAUCUUUGCCAACUGGUUGUCAACUGCCUGCGACACGUGGUCUUCCUUUUGCGCUCGGUUCCCAACAAGCGUACGCAUCGUCAUCGAUGCCAUCGACCCUCACGUCGGACAAAGCAAAAGCAUCCUUAUCUAUGCCUUCACAUUCCAGUAUGUUGAGUCGCCCUACUCAUCCUGGCCAUACUUGUGGUCAUUGGGCUGAUGCUCAUGUUCGUAUCGCACACUACAUUCGGCACCACCAAUCGCAGAUUGGACCGUGGCCUUCUCGACCAGAUUUUGCCAAGGGUAAUAACGUUGAUCCGGUAGCUGCAGGACUCCCUCUCCGUCCAGCCGCGCAUUCUUCCCAAUCUAAUUUACUGCAUCCCGUUUUGCGGUCCACCCGUCUACCAGCACCCGAUUCCAAUCCAACGGCCACUUCUCUGCCUUCCUUAUCAACCCCAUCCAUGCUCCCAAGAUUCAAUGGUUCUGUUGGGAAUCAGGGCGUUCCAUCCUUCCUGCAACCUAGUCCUUUACCUGUUGAUAGGACAGGUCAAAAGAAUGCGUUCCUGAGCUAUCUCCUCGAGGGACUUUUGUCCGGCUCACCAAGAAUGAUGUCACCUAAUGGACAGAUACCGUCCAAAGAUUCAUUUGACUCACUGUGGCAAUCAGCCUUACAGAACGUUCACAACCAAAACGCCUAUCCUGUUUCGUCUUCCUCGUCCUCAUCACCAGCACUGGCCGUGCGUCCGCAGUAUCUUGGCGACCCAUCUCUUUCAGGCUGUAGGGCGAAAUGGUCCUUUCCCACUCCGAAUCCUCGGGGAACCUUGCCAGCAUCGGUCUAUUCCGAUCCACCACAGCCCUCACCAAGUGGCUCAUUUGGUGGUUUCCCUCCACUGGGGUUAAGUCAUUCCCCUAAUUUGGACACGAAACGUCGUCGCACCGAACUACCUCCGGUGUUCCAGGGCCCAUCCGCACACGUGGACGUUAAUCGAUCAAACAUUCCUUCUGUUCCUGUACCCAACCCUAUAUUCCAUCCACCGGGGUUUCCAAUACAAACAGUCCAUAAACACGAAAUGCUCAGUGCUACUGCCAACAUUUUAAACGGUUAUCGGUUUCCUGGAACACAUUUAAGGGCUCCACAUCCGGCUGCACCCGUUCGGCAAGAAGUCAGUCACCGCAACACUUUAGGGCAGGGCUUAAAACUGAAUCCUCGUCCUUCACACCUCGCUCCCAUUCAUCAUUGGUGAACCACGUUCAUCGUUGCUUCGUUGUUGAGUUUCAUACAAUUUCCCACCUCGACAUUAUAUGCCCUAUUAAAGUAUCGGGCAUACAUGUGAAGUAGCACUUUUGAAAUAUGGCAGAUCGCGAUACAUUGUUCAUCCUUAGUAGCAUAGCUAUGCUACUCUCUUCUUCUCCGAGUGAACCCCACUGUUACUUCUGUCGUUGCGCCUACUUUUCACCUUCCAAUGACUUUUUCUCCACGACACGCUAUUCGGACGUAAUGAUCGUUCGUCUCAGCUUCGGAAAUUGUGAUAUUAAACUGUUAGACAUCGUUCAACCUAUUACCCACUAGCGUGCCUAUCGGUUGGGGCUGUGUUCAGAUAAAACCAGUAUAUACCAUUUCUUUUCUCGUUAACUUUUUUAUGUUGCGUGUUUCCUAUGCGCAACUUGACUACUGUUCCCUCUUCCUCUCAUGGUUGCAAUUUUCUCGGGCUCAUCCUACCCACUUGCACUCAUUCACACACCUCGUGGCCCGCUUUCCCAAUAAAUCAGGUGCUUGUGGUGCUGAAGUCUUUCCAUGCCAACCAGUCCAUUGUUCAAUUGUUCCUUCCCCCUUGUUGGCAUAUAUUUUGACCAGUGUAAAGCCUCUUGUUGCGUGCAAGCUUCCGAUCGUGUAUUUUCUACUCUAUUCUCCUUUACACGAGUGCAUAGGCCAUUUCCAUCUCGUUGGCUUGUUUCGUUUAUUUGGAAUGGUCAUUUGACAGGUUGCCUGGUGGUGAACUAACAACUACAGUCUGAAAAAGUGUCUUGUGAGUUUUUUUAUACGCACUG